GGAACGGGAGUGUCCCUGGCCACUCUCGUGUCGGUCUUCGAUGGGGCUGCUCUCGUCCGCCGUGAAGAAAUGUAACACCAAGAUGCUUCUCGGCGGCGGCUCUUCAUCUCCAUGUGGUGUGCGCAGCAAGGAACAUCCAUUAACGCCUAACAAGCACAAGCGGUUGAGAAAGAAGCGCUUCUGGAGGAAGAAGAAGUCGAGCAAGAAGUUCGCCUGCGUCUUGCCAUGCGUGAGCCUCUCCGAGCUCACCAGGCGCGCCGAGUGUGAGGCCAUCACCGACCUCGUCAACAACAUCUCGGCCAAGUCAGAUGUUACCAGCCACAUGUAUGCGGCUGAGGAGAUCUUGCGGAUAACCAACCACAACAUUCCCAGCAGGGUGCUCACCUUCCGUGAGUUGUCCGUCGCAACCGACAAUUUCAGCUGCAACAACCUGGUGGGCGAAGGCGGCUUCGGGAUGGUGUACAAGGGGCACUUCAAGGACACCAAAGAGGACAUCGCCGUGAAGCGGCUCGACAAGGAAGGGUUCCAGGGGAACCGUGAGUUCCUCGUGGAGGUGCUGAUGCUGAGCCUCCUGAGCCACCCUAACCUCGUCAACCUGCUCGGCUACAGCACCGAUCUCGACCAACGGAUCCUCGUCUACGAGUACAUGCCCAACGGCUCGCUGGAGGAUCAUCUCCUAGAUCUCCCGGCGAACGCCAAGGCGCUCGCCUGGCAGACGCGGAUGAAGAUUGCGGUGGGUGCGGCCAAGGGCAUCGAGUACCUGCACGAGGUGGCCAACCCGCCGGUGAUCUACCGCGACCUCAAGGCCUCCAACAUCCUCCUGGACAAGGACUUCAACUCCAAGCUCUCCGACUUCGGGCUCGCCAAGCUCGGCCCCGUCGGCGACCAGAGCCACGUCAGCACCAGGGUCAUGGGCACCUACGGCUACUGCGCCCCCGAGUACGCCAUGACCGGCAAGCUCACCAAGAUGUCCGACAUCUACAGCUUCGGCGUCGUGCUACUGGAGCUCAUCACCGGCAGGCGAGCCAUCGACCCCACCAGGCCCACGGAGGAGCAGAUCCUCAUCCACUGGGCGGCGCCUCUGAUCAGGGACAGGAAGAUGUUCGUGAGGCUGGCGGAUCCGCUGCUGGGGAAGGACUUCCCGGUGAAAGGGCUGUACCAGGCGCUCGCCAUCGCCGCCAUGUGCAUGCAGGAGGAUCCCAGCAAGAGGCCCAAGAUCGGCGACGUCGUGGACGCGCUCACCUUCCUCUCCGAACAGAAAUACUAUCCUCAACGGGACCGGGAAGCUGCUCAGGCGAAGGGCGGAGAGGGGGACUGCAGCACUGCUCCUCCCAAAAAGGACAUGGUUUCUGAGAUCAAAGCCGAUAUUGAAAUGAAGCAGAGAUGAGCCAGACGACCAUAUAGGAUAAUUAAAGGGAGGAGAUGCAGCAGAACUAUACCUCUCUGCUCCCUCACAUUCCUUGUGUACCGUACACCACAUAGGCAGGAUGUAACUAAACAGCAGCAACAAGUCAUCUGGACUGAUGAUACUCAUUUGUUAGUCAAGACCUCAAAUUCCAGCAGCAAAAGCCAAGAGUUGAGCCGCCUAUUCCGGCGCUGUUCCAA